UUUGCCUGCCAGAGAGGGGUGCUGGUCGUACCUCGCGUCGCCCAUCGACGCAGUUUGGCUCGAGCUCAUCGGUUCAGCGGUGAAAGCAUGAAGCCUUGCAGCUGCCUCGCGCCCUCACUUCAUUUUUGAGUUUCACAUCCAUCUUGAGCACAUUGGAAUUCUGUUCCUAGACUGGUUCAGGCAGUCAUCACCCCCAAACAGAGGCGCAGAGGACAAUUUUGCCAGGACCCGAUCAAAGUUGGCAUUCGCUGAGGGACCCAUCCGGCGCAAGAGGCCGUUCUAGUGUCCGUUAUUGAAAAUGCCAGUGUUGUCCGCAAGUCCCGUACCUCUGCGAGCUCAGCUGCCACCAGUUGCUGCUCCGGCGGAGUUCUUGGCUUUGCCCAACCCGCUGGAUCCACGAACUUGGCUAGUGAUUUGUGAGGAUGGGAGCGAGCAGCCGCUGGACUCUGUCUUUGACUGGUUCGCGUCGGCGAUUCAAACUCCGCUGGAGCAUACCUUUGUGCAGUUUCGCAUGGACGAUCUGGGGCGUCACGAGUACGUGUGCUUGCGCGAGGCUUACGAGAAGGCGCGAGGAGCCGGCCUCGGUCUGUCCGAAGCCACUCCUGCGCCCCUCGCAGUAAUACUCGAGGACGAGGUGAAGUCUCUGAGGCAGCGCUUUGGACAAGCGGUCCUCAUCUUGAGCGCCGCAUUGCCACAGGAAGUGUCGACCAAUCCUGUGAUAAAGCAGGACUCUGUUGAGCUCUGCCCGCCACCAGGGUGGCGCAGGAAUUAUACUGUGUGCGACGAUCUCACGCUUGGUCGCACACAACGUGUCAUGCUUUCAGACGAGGACACGCUGCAUGUGGGCGUGGAGAGUAACGGCGUCACAAUCUUCAACUACCUGACGCUCAUAGUGAACUGUCACGAAACCGCGGACGCCAUGAUGCCUGGCAAGUACAGCGUUGGGAGCGCAAGGCCAUCUAUCAUUUUCCAGCCCAUCCACACAUUGCUGUCUGCGACCCCCCAGACAAUUAUCAAGGUUAUGGACUCGAUACAGAAGCGUAUAUGGGAGUGCUCACAAGAGGGUAGCGUGGUCGUUCACUGCCUAGCCGGUGUUCACAGAGCGCCUACUGUAGUCGUGUGCCAGUAUUUGUACCGGCACUACGCAUUGGGGCAGACCGAGGUGUGCAAUGAUGUUGAGACCAUCUAUUCUCGGUUGCGUUCUGUGCGUCCGCACGUGGAGCCCUUGAGUUAUAUCCGACUCAUCAGCACGUACGAAGCGUAUUUGAAGGCGGCUUACCCAGCGUGCAGCAGGGAGUCCCAGACGUCAUAGCCGUCUGUUUGCGUAGUCGUCACGGCCGUGUUGCCCCGGAGAAAACCAUUGGUGGUCGAUUCGGACAUGAGCCAGUCUCACUCGCGUCAGGGUACGUCGCCCCCUGCGUCGAGGUAGCGCACGUCGUAUGCAUUUGUCAGGGGGCUCUUGCCGCCGCUCGACUGAUUGGUUCGUGGCUCGGGGGCCGUCCGAUGAGACGUGACGGUGGAUGGUCUCUUGGUGCCCUCUAGACUGUGGGGCUCUUCGGGGCAGACUUGUUUGGGAGCACCAGUGUCCAACAGAUUGCCAAGCUUGCUAUAGGCUUCAAGGAUACCUAAACCCAUCUUUAGGGAUGACGCGGCCAUCGGUGACAUACUGGAGACUGUUGAGCAGCUCGCGGCAAGUCUAUCCCGCUAGAAACCAGUAGUUGGACGACAACGGGCCACACCCUGAGAGUAAAACAGGAUGACCGAAUCCAAGAGCCAGUGGCAGCGUUGGAGCCAGUUCAUGCGUGGUGCCACUGGCCGUGGUGUUGGCGACUCCACGGGGAGGGUGUAAGUCCAGGCUCCACUGGGAGGCUUCGGCCAUGCCAUCGGGAAAAACCCGGUGGGAUGGGCGUUCCUGAGUGCCCAGGGAGGGCUCAGCCCAACGCCCCCUGUGGCGCCUACGCAGUCCAUCUAUUUCUCACUCGCCGCUUCAACAGCGAUGCCGAGCUUGCUGGGCGUUUCAAAGCACACGCUCUCUCUCAUGCUGCAUACCGCGAGUGCUCCAAGUCACGCUUCUGCUUCGGUGUCGGCACCUCUGGAUCGGCCCCCCUGGCUCUCGCCCUGUCGCUCGCAGGCCUGAGGGUCCUUCGGUCACCGACCUGGCGGGCCCCUGGGGGGCACCUGCGGCCGCUCUGGCUACCAAUUUCGGUGGACCCUGACGCUCAAGCGGCCCCCCCUGGGCGCCGCCCCAGCCUUUGGCUCUGGGGGGAGGGGCUCUCCAAACAAUAUUGUGAACUAUUGGUGGACAUGACCUGAGCCCUUCGAGGGCCAGUGCGGGCCCGCAGGGCUAAGAGGAGGGCGCAGGCAUGCUCUUGGUGAGCGUCGAUGCUUGUCCAAGGGCUCGAAUGAAGCACCAUGCUGCAGUCAGGCCGCUCACGGGAUAUCG